AUGGAGGCGCUAGACAAAAGGCUAUCAGAUUUAGUUAUAAAAUAUAAAUUUGACUUCCAAAAAAUCGCUAGAGAGCUUGGAAAGUCUCAAGACGAACUCCGCAAGAGAUGAACCCACAUUCACUGUUCACGUCAAAAUAAAUUAGUUCCCGCAAAAGCAGAAAUCAAAAUUCCCCAAAAUUUAAUUAAAUCUACCAUUGAAGAAAUGACAGCAACAGAAUUAUUAUCUACAAAUCGUGAAAAUAAGAAUUAUCUUGACACUUCAAAUGUCGAUUUUACAGUCCAAAAAUCAAUUUCAAUUACAGGAGAAGAGAUAACACCUAGUGGAUUUUGCAUUCUAAAGCACUCAUUAAAAGACACUUUUACUAAAAUAAGGACUAGAGUUAAAGAGUUUUUGCCUGAUAUGGAUUUUAAUGAAGAAAAUUUAGAUGAAGGGGUCAUGCAUUUCCAAGUGUCGCUUGGGGAUGGGAAUUUUUUGUUUCAAGCUAAAGGAAAUGAAGAGGAAGAAGAAUGAAAAGAAGUCGCACCAGGAGUGCCAAUACCAAAUUUUGAUGAUAUAAAAGUAAUACCUGAUGAAGAUGUCCCUAACUUCCCCCUCUGUGAGCGAAUAAAAUCAUCAGUAAAAUCUCUAUUUUUUGACUAAAAACCCAACAAAAAUUUUUUUAAUACAAAAAAUUUUAUGAAAAAAUAAAUUGAUAUAUAUAAGUGAUAAUUAGUAUAAUGAAAUCUCUUGCUAAUUCUGGUUAAUUUUAAACAGAUUGCAUUUUAAAGCAUAAAUUUUACAAAUUAAAUUAAAUAAUCGCUUUCCAAAUUUUACAAAUUAGAAUUGUUUUAAUUUGAAAAAAAAUUUACUAUAAAAUUUUUUAAAAAAAAAUUCACCCCCCUCCCUGAGCGAACAAAAGGUUUUUGCUCGCUCACGGAGGGGGAGUAAGCCAAAAGUUAAUGGAAAAAUUGAGGAAAUUGAAAUACCGAAAAUAGAAGGGGUGAAAAAGGAAAAGAAAAUGAAAGAAGUGUGGUUUAAAGGCAGAAAAACAAUGGUUGCGUACUCAAGCAGUGAAGAGGAAGAAGAAAAUGAAGAAGAAAGCGAAGAAGAAAGCGAAGAAGAAAACGAAGAAGAAGCAUAUGAAGCAGAAGAAGAAAACGAUAGUGACAGCUUUUAA